CACAAUCAAAGAUGCAGUACAGUCUAGAUAUUUCUGUAUCACAAUCAAAGUGUAAUACAAUAUAAUCUAGAUAUUUUUACAUUGUACAUAUGGAUUAAUAUUUAGUUAUCAUUUUACUUUUUAGCACAAUCAAAGGUGCAGUACAGUCUAGAUAUUUCUGUAUCACAAUCAAAAGUAUAAUACAAUAUAAUCUGGAUAUUUUUGUAUUGUACAUAUGGAUUAAUAUUUAGUUAUCAUUCUACUUUUUAUCACAAUCAAAAUUGCAGUACAGUCUAGAUAUUUCUGUAGCCUUAGAUUUUCCUUAAACGCACAAAUAUUCAAAUUUCUUUCUUCAUCAGUUGUCAUUUUCAUCGUUUUUCAGGCCACCGAUAACGACGGGCAAGGGCAAACGACCAGCGUUUCGUUGCGUAUCAGUCUAUCGGACGCCAAUGACAGUCCACCGCGAUUUUUGCAAGACAAAUACCGCGCCGUGAUAGACGAAGGAGCUGAAAAAUUCGAGCCCGACUUGAAGGUACAGGCCCGGGAUAAAGACAAAACGUCGAAGAUUACGUAUGUGAUCGUGGGUGGCGACAAGUCAGGGCAUUUCGCUAUAGAUCAAGACACCGGUGAAAUUACGAUAAGGAACAAGGGACGAGUCGAUCUAACGAAUUCCACCCACGAUUGGAUCGCGCUUAUCAUACAAGCAAGCGAUGGGAUUUUCGUCGAUUCCGCCACCGUUAACAUUACGAUCCGCGAUGUGAACAACAACGCGCCUGUCUUCACUCAAGAACUUUAUACCGCGAGCAUACCAGAAAUAUCGCCAAUUGGAACGGUGGUGGAAGAAGUUACAGCGACCGAUGCUGACACAGGUAUCAAUGCACAACUCGUUUACAGAAUACAAAAAGGUGCUUUCGACGACUUCACCAUUAACGAAACAACGGGGGUCGUAACGGUGUUUAGGAAACUAGACUACGACAACAAAAAUACGUAUCACGUGGAAGUUAUAGCAUUCGACAAGGGAACUCCUAGUUUAACCGGAACAACGACAUUAAUGAUAAACGUUGAGAAUAGCAACGACAAAGCGCCCUAUUUUACACCAGAGACCCAAAGAGCCGAAGUUACGGAAGACACGCCCAUUGGCACUGUCUUCACGACGUUAAAAGCUACAGAUCCAGACAGCGCCAACUCGGAAGCAUUAAACUUCGCAAUUUCAGAGCCAAUUACAGCGAUCGAUAGAAACGGCCAACAGGUCAAUGACAGUAAAUCGUUCAAGGACUUCUUCGCCGUUGAUCGCGCGACUGGUCAAGUUUCUGUCGUUAGAUCGUUGGAUCGUGAUAUCGCAGCAACUGUGAGCAUAACCGUCGUAGUCAGUGACACAACGGCACCCACGUUGCAGCAAGGGAGAGGUACUUUAGUGGUUACAAUCAUUGACGUGAAUCACAUGGCACCGGAAUUCUUAAAACCAUGGACAAGAGAACAUCCACGAUAUCUAAUAGAGAUGCAAGAAGAGCAGCCAACCGGAGCUAUUGUAGGAGCAUUCACAGCGGUGGAUGCAGACAGUAAUAUAGCGGGAUAUGCAAUUAUACCACCAAGUCCCUAUUUCAAUAUAGACAACAUCACAGGAAUUGUACGAACUAGUCAAGUUAUUGAUUACGAGGAGACAAAACAAUUGGAGUUCACAGUGGUUGCGUAUGAUUCUGGAGUACCUCAGUUAUCUGCAACUGCCAAGGUCAUUGUCACUGUGAUAAACGUUAACGAUCAAGAUCCUAAAUUCGAACAGGAAUCGUACAAUGCGUCGGUGAAGGAGAACUCACCACCGGGCACGCAUGUCACCGUCGUUAAAGCGACAGAUGGGGACGAAGGUCCGUUCGGAGAAGUUAGUUAUAGCCUGAUCGGUGAUCAUGCCGCUGACUUUAAUAUAGGCCACGAAACUGGAGAAAUUACUGUCGGCGGUGCAACUGUCCUCGACAGAGAAAUGACGCCAAAUAUCACGAUAACAGUAAUGGCCAGCGAUGGUGCUCACAUAAAUUCACGUCGAAGCACCACUGUUCCAGUGGUUGUGAAACUAAUCGACGUUAAUGACAAUCGGCCAAUAUUUACGCAACAUAGUUACAGAGCUUCGGUUGCUGAGAAUCUGCCAGUGAAUCCACCUGCACCUAUUUUACAAGUCAUAGCUGUGGAUCAUGAUGAAGGGAUCAACGGAGAAGUUUGGUAUACCAUAAUUCAUGGGAAUGAGAACGAAUCGUUCACAUUAAAUCGCGAAACCGGCAUUUUAUAUCCUGGAGCAGCACUUUUCGGAAGAGCUGGCUCAUACAGAAUUGAAGUGGAGGCAAGGGACGGUGCUGGUAGUGGUCCACAUUCGGACAACUGUUCUGUUGAUAUACGAGUAACAUCAGUAAAUCAACACAAACCCCAGUUCGUUCUACCAGAAUUAACAAACACUACCGUCGAAGUGCCUGAGAACACAGGUGUACUGAAUUACUUGAUAUUGACGGUAAAAGCAAUCGAUAGAGAUCCUGGUGAGAACGGACGCGUGAGUUAUCACUUGAAGGUUGGGAAUCGAAAUACCCAAGAAACCGAGGAAUUUUCAAUAGAUCAAGAGACCGGUGAAUUAAGAUCGAAAAUUAUCCUCGAUCGUGAAGUGAAGAGCAAAUUUGAGCUUGUUCUUGUAGCUGCUGACCACGGUACUCCUACGGCAUAUGAAACUUUGCGACUACUUACUGUACAGUUAGUUGAUACGAACGACAAUGCGCCACAAUUUUAUGACGAUUAUCAUUUUUCUAUAUCAGAAAAUCGUCCGAAAGACUACUUCGUAGGGAAAGUAACCGCGGAAGACAAAGAUGAAGGCAGACACGCAAAAGUUUACUACUACAUAGAGGCUGGAAACGAAAAUUACGCAUUUUACAUGGACAAAUCUGAUGGUAGUAUAUACGCAAAUAGAUCAUUCGAUCGUGAAACUCGGGACAAAUAUGUUUUAUCGAUACUGGCUUCCAAUAAUCCUGAUAUUUAUAUAAGCCCUGCAGACGCAGGACGCCCACUAAUGCACAAUACAGAUCAUGGACACGUAAAUGUUACCAUAACCAUUCUAGACGAGAAUGAUAAUCCACCGAUAUUCGAGCGUAAUGAUUACUACGCUGGUGUUAAUUCAAUGGCAAAUGUUAAUGAUUUCGUAACAAAAGUAACAGCGUCAGAUUUAGAUGCUGGAGAUAAUGGAACACUUCAUUACUAUGUUGCCAGUGCAAACCUCUAUAAGUAUGGAUCAGAGAAACCUAGUGGCUCUAUAGUUCCGAGUCCUUUCAAUGUAACACAAGAUGGUAAACUCGUUACAAGUGGAUAUAUGGCCGAAUAUAAUCAGGACAGAUUCAUCGUUGAAGUUAUAGCGAAAGAAACUGCUAUUCCGGAGAGAUACGCCAUGACUAGGGUUCAUGUCUGGGUAUUCGAAGCCUCGCAAUUAAUAAGAGUCAUCUUGUCAAAGUCUCCGGAAGAAGUAAAUCGUGAACGCGAUGAAAUUGUAUCAGAAUUAUCGAACGCAACUCAAAGCAGAGUUGUUGUUGAUGAGAUACGAUACCACGUGGAUGCGUCAGGUCAUAUUCGCAGAGAAUGGUGUGAUAUGUAUUUACACGUAGUAGAACCAAAAACCCAAACCAUUGCUCCCAUUCCACAAGUACUUAAGGUUAUCGAUGCAAAAUAUGACUUCCUGAAGGAUUAUUACGCCGGUUUUGCUAUUGAAAAUGUUGUGCCUGCUUAUGCUGGAGUGCAAGAAGAACCAUUCGAUCCCGCGUUAGCGGCUUUAAUAGCCUUACUGGUAGUUUUAUUAGUUGGUGCGGUUACUGUAACAGUAGUUUGCUGUUGUUUACGACAUUGGGUAAUCACUGUGCCAAAUGAUAUACGGAAAAAGGAUGGUUUAAUAAAAAAACAAAUUAUUGAUGAAUUAAAUACUACAGAAAAUCCUUUGUGGAUUGAGCAAAAGCUUAAAUUGUACGAGGAACAAGAGUUGACGAUGCAAGUAUUUAGUGAACCAGAAGGUGGUUUAGGUACGGAAAGACGAGGAAGUGGUGUAAGUGUUGGAAUGGGUGACACAUCUCAGGAUAAUACCUAUGCUACUAUUCAGCGCCCGUUACCUACGAACAGGCACCGUCCAACAACGCCGGAUUAUACAACGCUUCCAGGAAACCAUAAUCUUUAUGAAUCAGCCAUUGGUUUCCAAGGAUCAACAUUUCAACCAUCCUCGAAUGUAAUGCCUCAAUUUACACUUGAUCGUGAUGGUCAACCCCAGUUUGUUUCAGGG